AUGGAGGUUUUCAUGCGAGGGAUCCCCUUCAGCAUGGAACAACCCCAGCUGAAAGAGCUCAUCGCUGGCGUCUUCCACAGCGCUACCUACGCUACCUAUGCUCCCCACUCUUCGCGACCGCUCAACUUUGAAGUCCGCAUACUCCGCAAAGUGACCAAGGGCGGUACGAGGAACGGGACUAUCACGGUUCCCACCGAAGCAGUCGGUGAGCGGUUCCUUCAGCAGUAUGGCGACGGUUCAACUGGCGGAGAUGGCAACUUCGGCACGAUAACCUUCGAGCGUGGCCGGAAGGCUCCCAACCGUCGAGUUCUCAAGGCCGUGCAAGAGGCCCCCUAUCAGUCUCCGUCACAGGCGCCAGCGGUGCACCAGCCGCGUGCCGCCAAUACCGUGUCGAUACGCCGACUCCAGUUCGGAUACGUUUGCAGCGACGAGGAGUAUUCUGUGGAAUGGGAACAGGAGUUCCGUGUCGAAGGCUCCGCCGUGCUCAUGUACAACGAAGGCAGGAGACAGCUCCAGAUGAAGGUUAUGGAUGCGACCCGUACACGCCUCAUUGCCAUUCGUCUCAGUCAGGUGUAUUGGAACGCCGCGAGCCCCGACCAAUCCGGCGAACCAUCCAUUUUCCUCUACCUUCACUACCCGCCAUCGUUCGAAGCGGGUCCCCCUGAUUCAGACUUCGUCGACGAGGACGAGGAUACAAACCCGGAUCCUCUCCGUAGUUUCUCUAUGCGACAGCUGCUCUCAAUAACGAACUCGCUCGGGAAUCUGCACCGGUCGUCAUUCAAGAUACUGCGACGCAGGUUGGGUGCCUUCGAUGACACCCACCUUCCUAUCGCUCCCUACACUUCCAUUGCCAUCCGCUUUGUCUGCCGAAGCGCGCUCGAUAUCGCCAUGUAUAGAAGACUCUGCCGAUCGGUUCACCUUCCUGUCGACUCUUCUCCUUACACUGUUGUGCACCGCAGGCUCUUCUCUGAUACGGUUCGUGCUGCGUAUCAACGAUGGAUCGCCACACUGGACUUCGCGGUCACAUUCCAGGUCGAGGGCCUGCUCAGCAGUUAUGUCGUGCAUAUGCGCGAGGUUGCCGAGCUCCUUCGCCCCACCGUUGAUCGUGUUAUCUCGCGCUACGGAUCUGACAUAGCGAGCUCGUUGCUCGCAGACCUCAGGACGCGACUCGACGCGCGAAAAUGGUACGGCGAUAGUGUCGAUGUCAAUGAAGACACCGUGAAGGACCUGCUCACCACAUGCCUUCGACAACUCAACCGCCUUCGCGUCCAUGCACUGCCCCACUCCGAUCUCUUCGAGUGUAACCAUCUCUACAUUACGCCGAUCGCAAUCUUCCAGGAGGGACCAUACCCUGAGCGAUCCAACAGGGUCAUCCGUCGAUACUGGGAUCACCGGGAGUGCUUCCUCCGUGUUCACUUCAUCGACGACAACGAACUUGCUUAUCGCUACGAUGCGGAGAUCAACUUGGAAGACUUGGUCAACCGACGCGUCAAACGGUUCCUCCUCGAGGGUGUAUCCGUGGCUAGUCAUCGUUUUGAAUUCCUCGGAUACUCGCAGUCUGCGCUCAAGAGCCAUUCGGUGUGGUUCGUGAAACCGUUCAAAGACGCUGACGGGCAAACCGUCAAUGCAGCGACUAUCAUUGACGGUCUCGGUUCCUUCAGUGACAAUCCGUACGACCCGCAGCUCAUCUAUUGCCCUGCUCGGUAUGCCGCUCGCGUCUCGCAGGCGUUCAGCGCCACCGAGUCUUCCAUUGCGAUGGCAGUGGAGGAGAUUGAGAUCGUCGACGAUAUCAAGGACAGGACAGGAAUCUACUCGUUCACGGACGGGAACGGGACGAUGUCUCUCCAGGUCGCGCGAGACAUCGCGGCCGAUCAGCGGUCGAAGAGUCGAGUCAGACGUGCAUGGCGGGGGACCAUUCCGCGCGUUUUCCAAGUGCGGAUUGCUGGAUCGAAGGGCAUGCUACACGUCGACCACAUGCUCCAGGGUCGAAAGAUACAGCUGCCCAAAUCCAUGGUCAAAUUCUCCGCUCCUACCUCCAAUCAAAUCGAGAUUGCGCAGGUAUUCCAGGAGCCGUCCCGGUUCUACCUGAAUCGGCCGAUGAUCAUGCUGCUCGAGGGACUUGGGGUCCCAUACGAGGUCUUCGCAAGGCUUCAGGGCGAGACAGUUCGUCAGACCCACACGCUCACGGAGUCGCUGAGAAAUUCGGGUUGGUUGCUUGACAUGCACGGUCUGGGGAACUCGUUCAAACUCCCUUCUGUCGUACAACACCUUGACAGGCUUGGGGUCACCGUCGCGUCGCUGACGGAGAUCGGCUUCUGGCAGCGGAUGAUGACGUUCGCUGUGACCCACAUUCUACGAGAGCUCAAGUAUCACGCCCGCAUUCCCGUCCCCGGAGGAUGGACACUCGUCGGGGUCGCCGAUAGGCAUGGUCAGCUGCGCGAAGGGGAGAUCUAUGCAUGUGUGCGGACUGUAGACGGGCGCAAGAGCUAUCUCGAAGGACCUACCCUGAUCACGCGUUCUCCGGCUAUUCAUCCGGGCGAUAUACAGGUCGUGCGGGCGAUUGGAAAGGCACCCGAGGGAUCAAAUCUUGCUGAACAAGAUUUGCCGAACUGCGUCGUAUUUUCCACCCAAGGAGAAAGGCCGCUGCCGUCAUAUCUAGGAGGAGGUGACCUCGACGGCGAUAUGUACAACGUCACUUGCGUGCCCCAGGAUCUACUGCCUCCUGUGGCAAGACUCCAGAAGCCAGCAUCAUACAGCCCUGCGAGGCGCAAGACCCUUCAGAACCCGAGCACCAUGCGAGACGUCGCUGACUUCGUGGCAGAAUUCAUCAUCAGUGAUAACGUUGGCAUCAUUGCUUCGACGUGGCUGAUACUCGCGGACAAGGCGGGUAUCUUCGACACAGACUGUCUUCGGCUGGCCGAACUACACAAUGCUGCAGUCGACUAUCCAAAGAGUGGACUGCCCGUUCCUAUCAACGAGGUGCGGCCAAUGCAAAAGCGCAUCAAAGAGAAGCCGGAUUGGUACAAGCCCGAGACCAUCAUUGGCAAGCAGCCGACCUACUAUCGGAGCACCAGCGCGCUCGGUCGCCUGUUCCGCGCCAUUGAUCUGCCCGACCAAGAUGAGCGGAGUAUGGAGUCUUCAUACUUUGGCUCGCCUGAAAUAGAUGAAGAAGACGAGGUCAAGCUGGAGGAUGUCCUCGCCGACCUACGUGCCACACCGUUCAACCAUCGCACUCUUCUUCCAGCAGUCGCAACGGAAGUCCAAAAGUAUCUAGGCCGCCCGAACCCCACCGAGACCCUCGUGACCAAGACGUGGAACAUCUUCGCCGCGUACGCGUCCAGCCUCCGCGGGAUCUGCGCGUCAAAUGCUGUCUCGGCCUCCCGCUCAUCCAUGCUCUCGGAGGAGGAAGUUGUCAUUGGGACGAUUGCGGCGAAGUGCGCCCAAACCCGCAAGCGCACGGACAUGAUCGCCAAGGUUCGCGAGCAGACGACAACGCUCGUGAACGGCAUCUGCGCGGAGCUGUCGGGCGUCGAAGGUGCUGGUCCGUCGACACACUUGAUGCAGGCCUGGACGGCGUACAGGGUGUCGUGCACGCUCUCAGAAAGGUUUGGCGGGCAGAGCUUCGGAUGGAUUGCCUUAGGAGAGAUCUUCGAUGCGAUUCGCGAGAUUGAGGAGCAGAAGGAGGACUCGGAGGGAGAAGCAGAAGGUAGCCUACGAGCUUGA